GGAGCACCUGGAUAACGACGGCCCGGCAAAGAUAUAUUCAACUUGCGAAGUAGAAGCAAAGACGAAACUUUAUCAUUGGCAUCGAAGACCGCACGGAGGUGCUAUUAAAUAGACAAGACGACAGCAGGGCAGAUGAUGUGAGCCAUGAUUACGAUGGGAAUCCUCCUCCCCUUGCUUGGAUUGGCGCUCUUGGGCUUUGUGGCUUCGUCUCCGGUAGAGCUCAUCGGGCCUGCACUGUCUCCAGAGGCUUUCAAACGAGCUGUCAGAGCCGCUUAUGUCUUUACCUGUUUCACCAACCCCUCCGAAACCGAUCUUUAUGUAUACACUUCUGACGAUGGCACCAAUUUCGACCUUUUAAAAGGACCAGCUUAUACCCCGGCUGCUAGUAUCCUUCGCGAUCCGAGCAUUAUUCAUCACACAGAUGGAAAAUACUACAUUGCUUAUACGACUGGUUGGAAUGGAACCAACUUUGCUAUUGCGAACAGUCAUGAUCUCCUUACCUGGAGGCUUGUCGCUACCAUCCCCACCGCUUCCUCAUUAAUUACUCCGGUCAACACUUGGGCACCAGAAUUCUUUAAAGACCCCAAGACGGGCGAACUGAAUAUUGUUGUUUCUCUUUCGACUGCCCUCUACGGACCCUUCUUGCCCUACGUGUUUACUGCGAACGACGCCACUCUCACGUCAUGGAGCGGCCCCGUCGUCAUGUCCGGUAUAUCUAACGCAGGUUUGGGAUACAUCGACAGCUUCCCAGUAUUUUUCAAAGGCCAAUACCAUCUCUUCGCCAAAGCAGAGACAGUCGGGAAAAAGCACGUCGAGCAUGCUGUUGCUCCAUCCCUCACCGGCCCGUAUACCUUUGUACAAACCGGAGACUUCGCGGGAUGGGGCAAUAUUGAAGGCCCGUGCGUCACCAUUCUUCCGAAUGGUACUCAUCGUUUAUAUGCCGAUGGCUACGAUUCUGGCAAAUACAUCUACUCGGACUCCACUGACCUCUACAACUGGUCUCCCUAUCAGAUCCUUCCUGAUGGUCUGAGUGGGUUCGUGAGGCAUGGCACGGUGUUAAGGCAGAAGUUUAUAGUCUAGGUACCGGUUCUACGAAGGCGAUUCAUUCUGUUAUGUGUUCGAUGUAUAGUAAUAAAAGUUGGGAAGGCUUGAACUAC